AUGGAGACGGACAGCUUCUACCACAAAUGGGACAGCUCAGAGCAAGUGGAACUAGCAGUGCAGGGAGGAAGCCGCGCACCUGGGAGAGCUGGUAAAGCUCUUUGCCUCUCCAACUCCACCCAAGGGAAGGCCUUUGUGAUCCUGUAUCUCCUGCUGGUGAUUUGCAUUGCAGUGGCCACAGCUCUUAUCGUGGUGAACCGUGGGAAAUUGUCCCAGGGUCUUGCCGAAGCCCAGGAGGAUCGAGAUACAAUAAGAAGAGAUUCCAAGAGAAAUCUGUCACAUCACCAGGACUAUCUAGAGUUGAAGAUGUCCAAAGAAUUCCACGUAUUUAACAGUCGACUUCUUAAUGUGUCGAAGGAGCUGGCUGGGGUUAGGCUGGGGAUCGAGGAGAUCCAAGCGGAUCAUGUGAAAGACCCAUCACAUCUCCAGGACGCCAUAGAGAUAAGGAACCUAACGCACACUAUGUCGAAGGAGCUUGCUGAGGUGAGAAGGGACCAUGACAGACUCCAGCAGGUCUUGAGCAGGGUGCAGGACGAGUUACAGAAUCUCACAGAAUUCACCUGCAUGAAAUGUCCACCUGGCUGGCAGCGUUUUGAGAAAAGUUGCUACUUCUUUUCAACAUCGACUAAAUCCUGGCCGGAUUCCUCAUCAAGACAUUGCAGAAGGAAUCCUGCCCUGAGGGAGAAUCCAACGUUUUUGUCAAACCACAUCACUCAGCCCCACGUGUACUGGCUGGGCCUCAGCGACUCAGCGAAGGAAGGAGAGUGGCGCUGGCUGGACGGCAGCCCCCUGUCUGUUAGGUUCUGGGGGCCCGGGGAACCCAACAAUCUUGGGGCACACGGGGAAGACUGUGUUAUCCUGCGCUUCAAUGGAAAGUGGAACGAUGCCAUCUGCUCCUUGACUCAUUACUGGAUCUGCGAACGGCAGUGCUAGCUGAGUCCCUGAAUCCGCAGCAGGGAGGGGAGGUGUCACACAGCCUGCCCCACGUGGGACUGCUCCGGAGCUUUCAUCUCUCUGAAUCAGUGAUUCUCAGACUGCCGCUCGUGAGCUGCAAGAGGCUUUAAUGUGUCUCCUUUGGCUCUUUUCAGCACAUGAUAUUAAAACACUGUGAUUUAAUUACACUGGUCUACAAUUUUUGAGAAGUCGUCUGCUUCAGAGAUAAAAUGUGCUAUUUAUUAUGUAUUUUGAUGUGCUGAAUUCAAAUAUGACAAUUAAAACAACUGAUUGGCUACUCUUUCUAAGAUAUUUAAAUUUUUACAUUUUAUGUCUAUGAAUAUUGUGUAGAUAGUAGAGUUUUAAUCAUAAAUUGUAAACCUAAGUCUUUUCAUGUGUUUAUGGUUGUUUUACAUGAUAAUAUCUCACCUGUCCUGUUUAUGUAACACUUUAAAAAUCAGCAAAAGGGUUAUAUAAAUAAAAUUUAUUAUGAAACAAAAGGCAAAAAACUAUUAUGUACGUAGUUUAGUCCUAUUCAGUGUCUACUCGGCGCUUCUUGGCUUGUCUCUU